UCACCUAUAAAUAUAAAAUUAUUGUACCCUUAUUGCUGAUUUUUCACAAGUUCAGAAAUUUGUUCUCUCAGCUCACACAACUCUCUCUCUCUGGCACAACUCUCUUUCUCUUUGGUAUCUGUCUAUCACAGCUCUCUGGCUCUCUCUUGGCUCUCUCUCUCUCUCUAGCACAACUCUCUGUCUCUCUCUCCAGAUCAAUCAGAAUUCGGAUCAACCCCUCAUUGUCCGUCUCUUUCCACAAAACCACUCUCUAUUCGUGAAACCAACCGCGAAUCUCACAGAAGUUUCCUUCUUCAGCUCAAAAAGCAUACGCCAUGAUUUGAAUCACCAGGAAUUAAUCGGACCACCCCAACCAGAAUGACGUGGUUCAGUGGGAAAGUCUCUUUGGGGAACUUCCCCGAUCUCGCCGGGGCCGUGAAUAAGCUCCAGGAGAGCGUCAAGAACAUCGAGAAGAACAAGCUGAUGAUAAUGAAGCUGAUGUUAAAGGGCAACAUCUGAGCUCAGGGGAAAAUGCGUCUGACUCUUCAGUGAUUGAAUUGGAGAAGGUGAAGAUGGAGAUGAAGAUGAUGGAAGCUGCAUUGCAAGGUGCUGCAAGACAGGCCCAGGCAAAAGUUGAUGAGAUUGCAAAGUUUAUGAAUAAAAAUGAACAAUUAAAAUCUGCGAUCGAGGAUUUGAAGAGAAAAUCCAAUGAUGCAGAAGUCGAGUCACUGCGAGAGGAAUACCAUCAAAGGGUUGCAACACUUGAAAGGAAGGUGUAUGCUCUUACAAAGGAAAGGGACACGCUUCGGCGGGAGCAGAAUAAGAAAAGUGAUGCAGCUGCUCUUCUGAAGGAAAAGGAUGAAAUAAUUAAUCAAGUUAUGGCUGAAGGUGAAGAGCUUUCAAAAAAGCAGGCUGCUCAAGAAGGACAGAUUAGGAAAUUAAGGGCUCAGAUCAGAGAGUUUGAAGAAGAGAAGAAAGGGUUGAUUACUAAACUUCAGGUAAUUCAUUUAUGUUAGAAUCUUUAAAAUUGUGGUUCUCUGAUUUCGUUUGAUAAAGACAACUC